CCGUUUUCCCAUCCGUUAAAAAAAUUAAAUUUCAAAAAAAAAAAAAAAACCAGAGGAGAGAGAAAUGCAGCUCUUCUCAUCAUCAUCUUCAACCUCUUCUUCAACAACAACCUCACUUUUCUUAAGUUCUUCAAAUCAAUCCUCCAAAACCAGAAUAUUUCCAAUCAAGUCCCUACAAUCGCCUCCUUCGAACCUCACUGUACCUCCCUACACUUCCUCUUCAUCUUCCUCCAACAACAAUGAAGUCUCCCCUGUUGUUCAGGAGCCCAAACUCGACGAGAUCACAUCCAGGAGAGAGAAUUUGGAAGAAUUCCUCGUUCGCCGUCCAAUGAUUCAAUCGGACGGCAGAGAUGAGGAGAUAGAUGAUGAUGUUGAUAGUAGUGAUGAUGACGAUGAAGAGGAGGAGGAGAAAUCGGCAUUGGAUAUAAGUUUGGAGAAGUUUGCGAAGAAGUUGCCGAUGUUUGAGCCAGGUAGAGGUGGAGAGGGAGAUAAUGGUGAAGUUUUAGUGAAACCAUUGAAGAUUAAUUUGGAUUUGGCUUUGUAUAAAGCUAAAGUUCUUACUAGGAAUUUUCAGUAUGAUGAUGCUGAGAAAAUACUACAACAGUGUGUAUACUAUUGGCCUGAAGACGGUAGGCCGUAUGUAGCAUUGGGGAAAGUUCUAAGGAAACAAUCAAGAGUCUCUGAAGCAAGAGCUGUGUAUGAGAAAGGCUCUCAGACUACUCAGGGUGAAAACGCAUUCAUCUGGCAGUGCUGGGCUGUGCUGGAAAAUGAGUUAGGAAAUACAAGGAAAGCAAGAGAACUAUUUGACGCGGCCACAGUUGCUGAUAAGAGGCAUAUUGCAGCGUGGCAUGGUUGGGCUAUUUUGGAGCUAAAACAAGGAAAUAUUAAGAAGGCCAGGAAUCUCCUUGGCAAAGGUAUUAAGUACUGCGGUGGAAAUGAGUAUGUUUACCAGACACUCGCAUUGCUUGAAGCUAAGGCUAAUCGGUAUGAGCAGGCUAGUUACUUGUUCAGACAAGCGACUAGGUGUAACCCCAAAAGUUGUGCUAGUUGGCUUGCCUGGGCGCAGUUAGAGAUGAAACAGGAAAACAACCGAUCUGCCUGUUUUUUGUUUGAGAAAGCUGUUCAGGCGAGUCCCAAAAACAGGUUUGCCUGGCAUGUAUGGGGAGUGUUUGAGGCUAAUCUUGGAAACAUUGAUAAAGCAAGAAAACUUUUAAAAAUAGGUCAUCUUGUCAACUUGAGGGAUCCAGUUCUUCUUCAGUCUCUCGCUUUGCUGGAGUACAAGCACUCCACUGCUAAUGUUUCUAGGGUAUUGUUCAAGAGGGCAUCAGAGUUGGAUCCUAGGCACCAACCCGUAUGGAUUGCCUGGGGAUGGAUGGAAUGGAAGGAAGGUAAUAUAUCUACUGCAAGGGAACUGUACCAAAGAGCUCUAUCUGUUAACUCAACAACAGAAAGUGCAGCACGCUGCCUUCAGGCGUGGGGUGUUCUGGAGCAAAGAGUUGGCAACCUGUCAGCAGCUAGGAGAUUAUUCAGAUCAUCUCUUAACAUAAACUCGCAAAGCUAUGUGACUUGGAUGACUUGGGCAUCUUUGGAAGAAGAUCAAGGGAAUUCUGUGCGUGCUGAGGAAAUCCGUAACCUCUACUUCCAGCAGCGUACAGAGGUAGUAGAUGAUGCUUCCUGGGUAAACGGGUUUUUAGACAUCAUUGAUCCUGCACUAGAUAGCAUUAAGAGGCUCUUAAAUCUAGAGCAAGAUCCCUUUGGAAAGAUCCUGAAUUCAUCAGAGGUCAACGACAAUGAUGAAGAAACAGCUGAGGUUAAAAACGCCAAGAGCAGGAGUGGUUUUGACUUGGAUGCGUUUAUCAAAGAGAAACUGUCCCUUGAUCCAACCAAGCUUGAUGAUCAAAUGGAAACAUCUUUGUUGUCCAUAGCAAAGAGUAAGGAACAACGAACUUCAUUCAGACCGAGGCAAAGAUUUAAUUGAUUGCUAUCAUCUUUUGUAUAGUAUGAUUAAACAACAAUCGAUAAGCUGUGCAUACAUUGUAAGGAUACAGGAAAUUCAAUUCUAGCUUAUUCAAUGGAGAAGUAGUAGUUCGGUUUCUAUAA